AUGAAGCUUUCACUACAGCCGCGCCUGACGUUCGAGGAGCUGCGCAUCGGGGGCAAGCACGAGGGCAUCGUCGUGGACACCUCGCAUUUGGGGCUGUUCGUCGCCCUGUCCGACAGUUUGGUUGGCCUCUUGCCCCGUGCGCAGCUGGGAGUUGGAGCCUUCGCGGAGGGUCCGGAGGAGGACGGAUGGUACCGCCGCAGCGUGUACAAGCGCGGAGACAUUGUUACCGUGUGGGUGCUGCGGAAGGCGCUGGCUGAUGCCAAUUCCCGGCGCCGCUACAAGAUCGACUUGACCAUGGACAAGUACAACGAGGAGCUGAGCAGCCAUUUCUUGAAGAGCAGCCUGAAGGUGCUGGAUGCCGGCGCUUCGGGUCGCCAGCCGGGUGCCGAAGAUCCCAAAGUCGGCAAAACAGCCAUGGACCUGAAUUUCGAAGAGACCUUCGAUGCUGAGGACAAGUUCUUCCUGAUCAAGAACAACCGCCUCAUCAAGGAUGCCAUGUCGCAGUAUCCGGAGCUGGUGAUCGACUACACCACCGACCCUCCUCCCCCUCCGCAGGAGGCCACCAAGACGAAGAGCUUCGACUUCAGCCUCAUCGAGGGCUGGAGCGUCCGGAAGAUCACCGAGGAGCACAAGCGCCUGUGCGACAAGGAGCACAAGUUCAAAGAGUCGGCACAGGGGGCGAAGCCCCUUAGCAAAGAGGAGGAGAGGCUGCUGACUGUUCUGAAGAAGAAGGUUGAGCAGUGGGGCAACGAGUACUAUGAAGGUGUUUGCAAGAAGAUCGAGAGGCAUCAAAAGUUCAUUGAGGAUAUCCACCGGAAAAUCAAGGAGGAGCGCGACAAGUACCCCUACAAGUCCAUCAUCGACCUGGACAAGUUCCGGGAGCUUUCUCAGCGCAUCGCCGAGAAGGGCUACCACGAGCGCUGUUGCUUCGUGACACGACUUUGCUACAAGGAGGACGUGCUUGGCGUAGGUCUGGAGAUCGUGCCCGAGUCCGACACUGGCCGCAAGAUCUUCCAGUGCUCCUUCGACCUCCUCUCGAAGGAGGCUUUCAAGGAUUUCGGCAUUCGCUCCGGUGUGUGGAAGGAGAAGGUGGAGUUCUGGCUCCCGCUCGCCAUCGAUGCCAGGCACUUCCGACGUGCCCUUCCCUACCUGGCUGAAUGCUUCCGACAGCUCGGGGAUGGACGCGUGGAGGCCGCGACCCGCAGCUACGGCACGCAG